AUGACGAUCUGUGCUUAUAACGCCAGUACGCUUUCAUGGGAUGCGGCCAUUGAAGAUCUGAUGAUGCAAGCCAGGAAGUUUAAGUACGACUUCAUCGGACUGACCAAGACUAGAGGGGUUGGUGGAGUUGGCGUCCUCGUCAACACGAGUAUGGCAAAGAACGCCGACUCUUUCGAGCAACUUACGACCCGAAUCGGACGUCUGCGGAUGAGAAGAUGUGGUCCAACGCCAGCUUUGACAGUUUUCGUCGCUUACGCUCCAACAUCAAGCUACGAAGAAGAAGUUGUCGGAGCUGUCUAUAUGGACCUAGAAAAGUUCUACAGGGAAGACCACACCUUCUAG